AUGUUCAAGGGCCAGACUGCAUUGGUGACUGGUGGAUCACGAGGAAUUGGAUUAGUUCUAAGUAAGAAAUUAGCAUCAGAAGGAGCUACAAUUACCCUACUUGCACGAGACGAAAAGAGACUACAACAAUCACUAGAAGAACUAUCUACUUCACAUGGUCAGCAACAUUCAUAUCAAGCACUUGAUCUACUUCGGUUAAUUGAGCAAAAACAUCAACAACAUCAUCAUCAUCAACUUCAUCAACAUGAUGUGUAUUUGGGAUCACCUAGUAUAUUAAUCAAUUGUGCUGGUGUUACUAAUCAUUCAUUGUUACAUCAAACAACAGUGGAUGAAAUAUUCAAUACUAUUAAUGUGAAUCUAACUAUACCUAUAAUAUUAAGUCAAAUGGUAGUGAAGAAUAUGAUUAGGAAUAAGAAACUUAAUCCUUCGAUAUUGAAUAUUCUGUCAGUGUUAUCAAUGACAAGGUAUUUCAUUCCAGGGACAUCGGUUUAUGCUGCUUCGAAAGCAGGAUUAUUGGGAUUCAGUCAGAGUUUAUCACAUGAAUUGAAAGGAAGAGUUCGUGUGAAUGCAUUGAUGCCUGGAUUAGUUAAAGAAACAGAUAUGGGAUCUAAUGUGAAUGCAGAUGUUACUGUGGUUUCAAUGGAAUCGGUUGUUAAUGAAGCAAUGAGAAUAUUACGAGAUACUACGAUAAAUGGACAAUGUAUAGUUUUAGAUAAAUAG